AUGAAGACUACAAAGGCCCUGAUCAGUUUACCGAUCACAGCCCCUGUUGCUCCAGGCACCGCCAAUGCAGCCGGCUCGCCCUUUGGCUUGGCUGGCCCCCUUCGCUCGCUUACCAUUCUGAAGCCAAGUCCCAAGAACCAGAUAGCCUCCAACUUGAGGUCCAACAUCAUCCUUGUGUCCAAGUACCCGUUCAAGGCUGAGAGCCGCAACGAGCUCCUGGUGGCCAAGGGCGCCAUCUUGAAGCUCUUGGAUCGCCCUGGGAACGGCUGGCUCUUGGUCAAGUACAUUGACAAGGUCCUCCCGCCAGGUCUUAUUCCUGCGUGCUACGUGGAAAUCGCUAUCAACGACACCAAAAACCCGGUCACCAUGGAAUGGUUACAGUCCAACAACGCCCAGAAGGGCCAUCUCAGUCUGUUGAACGAGCAGACCUACCUCCACCUCCAGUUGAAGCAAUCCAGUGGUCCUCCCUUGACCAUCAACAACCGAGCAUACCCCACCUCGGUGUCGAUAUCCAACUUCUUGCUCUUCAAGCAACGCUACUGGUACCGUUUGGACGUGGUCCUCUCCGACGGCACCCAGUGCUACGUCUGUCGUUACUAUCAGGACUUCUACAACCUCCAUGUCAAUUUGUUGAACCUCUUGAACAAAUCUCUGGCCCCCUUGAACGACACCUUAAAGCUCCCCAAGCUUCCUGAGCCUAUCCCAAGUCGUAAUAUCGAAGACGAAAAUGCUGAGGAAUCCCAAAUCCAGCUUCUAUUAAAGAGGUGUAAUGAUCUUAAUGUUUAUAUCAACAGGUUGAUUUUGAACAGAAAUUACCAGCUCUCGGAUGUCCUCAUCGAUUGGCUCAGUGUAUCUUACAAGGGAUUACCAGGAUUCAAGGUUAAAAAAGAAUCUGCCAAUAUGGACAAUGAUGCGAUCAACGACAAGAUUUUACCUGACUCCGUCAAUGUUAUUAAAGCAUACUAUGAAAAAGUGAAGGUAGUCGAAGAACCUAAGGAAAUGGAAACUAGCUGUGAACCUCCAAAACGCAAUAAAUCGAAAAAGAACAUCUUUAACCAUUAUCAACAAGUGACAAGCUCUGCUAAUAUACAGCGAAAUGUAUCCACAAGAUCACAGGCCUCAUUUACUUCCAAUAACUCAAGUCCCAAUACCCCCAAUACAACUUUCAACAGUAGUUUCCACAACUCCAUCAGCUCGAUGUCAUCAAGCUCAUCGCCUGGGCUUUCGAGAACACCUACCAAUGCAAAGAUUCAUGUUAAGUGUAAGAUUACGAACUUCAACGAUGAAAUUGUUGCUAUCAGAUUCAAGAGAUCAUUGAUUAGAUCUAUCAGUGAUCUCAAGCAUUUGGUCAAGCAAAAGGUCUACUUCACGAAGUUGUUCAUCAAGUUGCCCAAUACAGAUAUUUUCCGCAACAUCGAUGAAGUAAACUUGAACAUGACGGAGUACUUGAAACAUAAUGACAAAUUUAAUCUAAAGUUAGCCUAG